AUGAAUGACCUGUGCGUUAUGCUGCUCUCAUUCGCCGACGAUUUGAAGUUUUUUCGCGUCGUAGAAUUCCCUGAUGACUGCACCGCCCUGCAGGAAGAUAUCAACAACAUGAUGAUCUGGUGCAGCGAUAAUGGCAUGCGCGUGAACAACAAUAAGUGCAAAGUCAUAUCGUUCACUCGUUCCAAGAACCCAGUACACCACCAAUACAUUUUAGGAACGGAAAUAUUGCAACGAGUUACUUCCAUCUGCGAUCUUGGAGUCAUCAUCGACAGUAAACUUCAAUUCAAGGAGCAUAUUUCCGUCUGUGAUGACUACAGCUUACCGAUAGACUUUGUCAAAAAGAGACCGUCCAGUUUCGAUCCCUGCCUAGCCGAGCGUUUGCCAGACAAUUGGGCAUCACCCAGUCCUCAAUCGGAGCACGUUUCGUUUCUAGAACCAUUAAUUCUACAACAACCCUUGUCAGCAGUUCCGACCAACAGUUUGGGACCGGUAUCAGUCGGUGUUGCCACUGGCGUCGGUGUAUUGGGGACUGGUACCCUUGAGCAAAAACAUCAGCACCAACCGCAGCUACAACCCUCAACGAAUCUACCACCAUCCUUUUUGGCGGCAGUUACCGAGAAUGCUGCGCAUACAAUAGCAAUUAAAACUGUUGAGGAGAUUUUCGACACACGGCGAAGCUACAAACGAAGCACCGGGCGAUCGAAACAACGGCAACCAAGAAGACCGAAUAGCACCUGUGAGGUCAAAUACAUCAACGAGAAUUUCAGUUCUGGAUCAUCUGCACCUAUAACAUCUGAAGAUGAAGAUAACGACGAAGAAGAGGACGAGUUGAACAAAAUUCCUGAACUCAACUCUCCCGACAGUAUCUCUGAAGAUUUAGUGAAUCCACUUCCGACACGCCAGAGUCCCAUCAAAACAACCGGCCCAGACACUGCGAAACGAAAUCCGUCUCCCUAUUAUUACUCGGACUUACUCAAAAACAAAACUCAACAAGAACAACAGGUUGGCAACGAACUACCCCAACCUGUGCCAACUGAAACCAGACGAGCCAACAGCAGAGCUUCAUCAACAGGAACCCGUCAAAAAGAACCCAAUCCCAAAUACAGGAAAAGCAGCAGUCUAGACACUCCGGCAGCAGAGAAGGAGGUCUGUCUUCCAAAGCGCUACUCGAUAACAGAGGAAGGAGUGCGGAUCAUCCGCUGCGAAUCGCCAUCGACCACCACAUCGGACGAUUCAGACUGCUCUGAAUGUCGAAAAAGAAGAGAUUGGCAUGCGCAAGCGUUGGCCAUAGUGCGUACGAACUGUAACCUUCCAUCGUCGGUAGACCCUUCAAUGCCACCGCAUCGAAUGCUUGGACCAUCAGCAGUCUGUGCCUGUGCCACACCCGCGUUCGGCGAGGACAACGAUGAGCUCUUCCGCCCCCGAAGCAUAUUCUACGUUCACCAGCCGGGUGCGCAUGACUGUGCGGAUUGUACUCUGAGCGAUAACUCCGCAAUCGUGAAUGAAGAUAUGACGAGCAUACGAACCAGGCAAAUCUACGAGACGGCAUUUGAUUCCAAGAUCACUCGAUCGGACGACGACUUGGAUGAGGUAGAUCGAGUGACCAACCAGUCGGUAUUGCUGCAGUUGAGUAAGAGCAACAACAGCAGCACCAGCAAUAUGGUAUCCAGCCAAAAUAAAGAGAACCGGGACCGUAGCAAACGCGGUGAAACCAAGCGGUCCAAAAGUUCUUUGAAAGCGCCUUCAUCAACACAAAUCCAAACAACUGCGGAGAUAGAAAAUCACGCAGAUGCUAAUCUUUCCCAAGAUCUGGAGAAGCUUCAGAUCGAUAAACAACUAGACAAUAUAACCAAUGCGAAUUCAACGUCUUCCUCUCAACUUCCACUGCGCGGAUACACGCCUUCUCCCCCUUCAACUGCUCCACUUCCCAUGAAAUUCCCCGGAAAACAUGAGCGCUUCUUCAUCAACAGCAUCAAAAGUGCACCGAAUCUCCCUUCUUCCAAUGCAGCGCAGCACCCGCGGUUGAAAGACCUUCGUCUGGAUAUCCAGGCGAUACGAAACAGUGAAGUUCCUCCUUCCGGCAGUUGUGAUGGUAGCAUUAACGAUUCCUCCUACAAUAGUCCUAAGAACAGUGAAAGGCCUCGAUCAACGAUGUGUUUAGAGCCGGAAAGGGUUCUCGAGCUGAAGCGCAGCCAUCGGAGUCAUAAGCAACGGGGUAGGAACUUUUCCUCAACCGAAAGCAUGGCCACUUCCAGCAGUGGUGGCAGCAUGGAAUCUCUUAAAUCCAGCACGAGUGAGGGAAACCGCAGCACAUCCAGUUCAGAUUCACGCCACUCGUCGUCGCUUAGCUCACACAGCUCCGAUUCGGGGCCAUCAGUUGCCUUUCCGCUGCGAGCACCCGUUGUCGUACACAACAAGUUGAACAUUCUCAGUCCAAUUUCGGACAAAUCUUCGCAGGAACCGGGCUCGGAGACAUCGGACAUCAACAGGAACAAUUCGCAGAAGCAGUCUCCAGUUGAUGCGAUAACUACCGGGACAAUAUCCAAGAGGGACAAUGAGGAAAACGAGGCUGUGAAAUUGAUCGUGCCUAAGCCUAGGCGACCGGUACCGAACAAGGCUCUUCUGCUGAUCACAGGUCCAGAAAUUCAAGGAUCCGACAGUGGAAUAUCGCUCCACUCGCGAGAAGAUGUGAAAUCUCGCACGAAUUUUCUCAAUCUUGGUAUCCAGCGAGCAUCCCUGGGGUUGGAAAAGUCGGACCAGGGAAAAUCGGCACCAACCCAAGAUUUCAGCGAUCUUCCAUUCGAUAUGCCAAAGCUGAGGCGGCGACGAGCCCACAUGCAGCAGGAGCCCUGCACAUCCGGAAGCGUAACAUCGGUGGACGUCGGCGAUCUUCCUUUCGAUAUGCCAAAAUUGCGAAGGCGACUGCGACUGUCCCAAAAUCCGAAUCAAAUAGCCAUUCCCUCCACAUCCGGCAUUCUUCUGCAAACCAGCACGGAAUCCAGUGGCCUAUCGCAAGCUUCUUCCAGUCUAUCGAUGAGGGAUUCCGACAAUAAAGCAGCAAUCGCUGGAGGAUUCUACAAACAAAGUCUUACGCUAAACUUGGGUGAAUGCAAUGCUAAGUCUGUGAAGAAAUUCGGAACUCUUGACUUGGGUCUCAAUUUCAACACAGUCAGAGCAAACAUUGAAUUAAUCGACGCAACUAUUCCUCUGGAUCGACAAGGAUGGUACCACGGUUCUAUAAGCCGAAUAGAUGCGGAAAAAAUCUUACGACCCUUGGGAGAGGGCAGCUUUCUGGUACGCAACAGUGAGUCCACUCGGCAGGAUUAUUCGCUCACUCUGAAGAGCGCAAAAGGAUUCAUGCACAUGCGAAUACAGCGCGACCACGAAACGGGCCAAUUCAUCCUGGGCCAGUUUAGCCGGCCCUUCCCGACAAUACCGGACAUGAUUCGGCACUUUUGUCUGAACCGGCUGCCAGUUCGGGGCGCUGAGCACAUGUGCCUCCUGGAGCCGGUCAUUGCACAGAUCUUGUAAGUUGCUGUCCGCAACAACAAUCCGAUGUCAUCCGAGUGCAUCAUCGUUUGAACGUAGAGAUGUUUAGCCAAACAUACACACUGAUCACAAACAAGUAGAAACAGAGUAGAAUUACUAGCGUUUGAAAUCCUAUUCGCUGGGAUGGGCGGCUUGUGUUUCAGAUGAAUGCAUUUGAAUACCAACGAGCCUCAUCCCGCUAUACACUACAACAGUUAAUUCUUUUCUAUUAGUACUGAUGUGGAAUGGCGGAGAGCGUUGUUCGAAUGUGGCGAAGAAGAUCUGAUAGAAGAACGAAUAUUGGGAUCGAUUUGAGUUCCUUACUGUCCAGAAACGUUCAAUUUCGUUUCUAGUUUGUACUAUUUUGCAUUGCGACAAUAAUUGUUUCUUUAUCCACGAAGAAAACUUUGUACAGAAAGCGAGGGGAAAAUAUUUGGCGGAUCGCAACUGGGAAUGCGAUCGAAGAAGCUUCAAUGUUUAGCGUAACGUCAGGCCGAAUAACAGAUCGUAAUUUUGUGAUAAUACCGAAUAUGUUGAACAUUUACUCUGUAUCCACUACGAUCCUAAGUUUAUAAACCUAUAAUGUGAGUCGCGCAAUGGUUUCACGAGUUGGACAUUAUGUUACCGAAUGAAAAUAAAGCUGAUAUGAAAAAGUUUCGUAGAGAAUUGCCAAAAAUGGUCUGUGAAAUGGGAGUCUGCAAUUCAAUAUUUUAAUUAGGAAAAACUCAGUGCAAUAUUAUUAGAACUUUACUACAGAAAAAGAAAUAUGACGGUGCAUUAGCAUUUUGAGCGGCAAUACAUAGAGACAGUAGAAAUUCAGUUAUUUUGAUGCAGAUACAAACACCAACCAUUUGUUUUUGAUAUAACGCACUUUUUAAUUUUUGCAUUACCAGAACAGAAUUUAACAGAAGCCAAACGCAUUUUCAGCACUUUAGAAUACACUUUAACGAUAAUAUUGUGGAAGCUAAUGUAAACUUGUAUUUAUCCAACUGAUGAACAACUUGGAACGCAUUUCGACAGCUGUAUAGAAUGUAGAAUAGUAGUUUGAUUACCUCGACUCGCGUCCGAUACUAUAAAGGAAGAAAAUCUGUUUUCCGAGCGAGUCGAUGCUAUUAAAUUUGAAAAACAAGAAGGUACACAAAACACACAUAUUGAAGCAGAUCACGUAGUGAUUGAAAAAUAAACAUUAUUGAAAUUGAAAAUAUAUUGAAAAACAUUUAGAAA